AUGGCUAAGAAAUCGAACAAGGGAAAGAAAUCAAUGCCUUCAUCAUCUGCUGGUUUUGAUAAUCUGAAGUUUUCCUCUGGCCCCCACCAACAUAGAUAUGACAGUUUGGGUGAGCGAAAUAUUAUUGAUGAAAGGAAGUUUGAUUUACAGAGAGGGGAAUACACUGAUGUCUAUGCCACUUUGAAAAAAUAUAGAUUGACUACCUUCAACAACUCCAUUCAACCAGUUUCUUCUGAGUUGGUGAAUGAAUUCUUUGAAAAUUCCUAUAGGGUUUCCCAAGAUGCACCUAAAUUUAUCAGUUAUGUGAGAGGCAAAAUAAUUGAGUUUGACUGGAAAAUGAUAGACAAAUUGUUGAAACUUAAAUUCAAAGAGUUGUAG